UCCGGGAAACCACAGAGCCGGGUGCCGGCGGGUUUUCUCCCUGCAGCUCCGCGGCUGGCGCUGCGUGGGCCCGGGGGAAGAUGGCUAGUGCCGCCGCGCGCUCCCCGGCCGAGCAGGACAGGUUCAUUUGUAUCUAUCCUGCUUAUUUAAAUAACAAGAAGACGAUCGCGGAGGGCAGGCGAAUCCCCAUCAGUAAAGCUGUUGAAAAUCCUACAGCUACAGAGAUUCAAGAUGUAUGCUCAGCAGUUGGACUUAACGUAUUUCUUGAGAAAAAUAAAAUGUACUCUAGAGAAUGGAAUCGUGAUGCUCAGUACAGGGGCAGAGUCCGGGUCCAGCUCAAACAAGAAGAUGGCAGCCUCUGUCUUGUACAGUUCCCAUCACCUUAUAAAAGGGCUGAUAAUGCCAGACAUCACAUCGGAGUUCAAGACAGAAAGAAAAGACAGCUGUGCCAGCCACUUCUAUCCCCCGUUAAAGGAAAGCCAAAAAUCUCUCAAAAUCCCUCCCAGCCAACUUUCACUGACGUCUCAUUGUUGAGAAGUGUGGCACAUGUCAAUCUUCAGCUGCAACGGAAGCUGGGAAAGUGAAUAUGUAGCUUUUUCAGUCCUGAUAGUAGAGGCAGCCAAGAAGAAAGUAGUUGAGAAUGGAUAUUGGGGCAGCCAACUUAAAAGAUUUGUGAUAGAAAGAUGACUGGAGUCUAAAAUUGUUUUAGUUAUGGGGCAAUAAGGAUUGUCAAAAAAGGUUUCAUAACUAUUUUCGUAACAUUGUAUUCCUGUUUCUUCUCAUUGUUGCAAUCAGUGCGUAAUUGCCCUUUUCUUUGCCAAUCAAGUGAAAAAUGAAAUCUUUCCAAAGAGCAAGAUUGAGCAUUUAUUCAUAUGUUGAAAUGCCAUUUGUAUUUAUUUCAGUGAAUUAUGUUCACAUCCUUUGUCCACUUUUUAAGGCCUUUAUUAUUAAUAUUAUACUUGUACAUAAUUUAAAGAGCCAGCUAGUUUUAAUAGUUUCAGUUUUAGGCAUUAACUUCUGUCUGUAGAAGAGGACCAUUUAGUUUUCCUUCCUUUACCCCCAACACACGCAUGCAUGCCUCCCAUCUUCCCUGCUACCAAUAUGUUUCAUAAUUUUAAUCACUACUCCGUUUACAUUAUUACUAUACAAUCCAUUCAUAGCUGAGCAUGUAGUACCUUUGCUACUCAAAAGUGUGGUCAGGGGUCCAGCAGCACUGGCCUGUCUUGGGAGCCUGUGAUAAAUGCAGAAUCUCUGGUCCCAGCUCAGAAUUGGAAUGCAUUUAAUCUUCCCGAGGUGAUUCUUAGGCACACUCAAGUGUGAGAAACACUGACGUAUGCUAUGGUUAUUGCUGUUUUCUGGACUUAUGUUUCCCUUGGGUCUAAUUAUUUUUUUCUUUCAUUUGCUUAGCUGUCUUCAAUAUCACUAACUCAACCCAAGUUAUCAGUUGUCAAAAUGUCCUUUCAAAAGAGUUUGUUCACAUUAGGUAGUUUAUUAAUUUCAUCUUAAAGAAGUCUCUUCUGGAGCCUUUUACCUGGCUCUCGCCUCUACUGGUUACCCUUUAGGCUGAAUGCACAGCUUGACUCGCUUCACUAUCCGGAGUGUGACUCACUUCACUGCUUGGCUGUUGUGGAUAUCCUGUGUUAGUGUAUCCUACCUAUCCUCCUUUUUGGGUUACUUCCUUGUUCUGUGUAGCCCAUUUUCAGGAUCUUCCUGAGAAAAAUGCAAGGGAGGUAAAUGUUCUUAGACCUUGCGUGUCUGGAAGUGUCAUUUCUUAUCCUCACAGUGUUUGGCUGGACCUAGAAUUGUAAAUCACUUUCUUUCAGAAGUUCAAGGGCAUUGCUUCAUGGUCUUCUGUUACAGCUGAAGGCAAGUCCAAGCCAUUCUAGUUCAAGAUCUUUUGUGACCCACAUUUUUCUUGUUGAAACUCACAAUAUCUCAGUAUUCUGAAAUAUCACAAUAGUGUGCUUUGUUUGGGUCUUUUUUUGUCCAUUGUGUUGGGUACCUAAUAGGCCUUUUCUAUCUGGAAACUUGUGUUCUUCAGUUCUGGGAAAUUUUCUUGAAAAUUUCAUUGAUGAUUUUUCUCCCCUUUCUGAUCUUUUUGGAACUCUAUUUGAAGAUUGGGCCUGCUGGAUUAGUCCUCGAGUGUUAUCUUUUUAUCCUCUUAUUUCCAUUUCUUUGCCUUUAUGUUCUAUUUCCUAGAAUUCUCCAGCUUUAUCUCCCAACCCUUCUAUUGAAUUUUCCAUUUUUCUUGUAUUUUCAAUUACUGUGAGCUCUUUUGUCACCUGAAUGUUUCCUUUUUCUAGCAUU